AUCAGAUCGACUGCUAAGAGAGUCGUCCCAGACUAUCCCGCCGGGUAGCUAACCUUAUCUUCCCAUGGAGCCAGCGAAGCUCGCAGCUUUCCUUGCCGUCGCUGCCGUCGCCUACGCUGUUGCCGUCGCACCGGCUGCCGCGGAAUACUCCGGCGGCGCGACCGCCCCAGAAAGCUGCCAGACGCAAAUCAUGUACUUCACCAACUGCCUGGCCCGUGAUGAGAUCCGCGGGCAGUGCUGUAGCGUGGUCGAGAGCCGCGAGUGCCUCUGCCAGCUGAAGCGGGAGGUGGCGCUGCCCUGCAGCCUGCAUCGCCACCAUCAACGCAGAUGCUCCAAGGAAGGGUCGCCUCCACGGUCGGUGAAGCUGGCCGAGCUGCAGCGCCUCCCAUGCUUCAAGACACUCAAGUGCUAGGAGCCGUUACGAGUUCGUAUUUUUGUUUUGUGUACGUGUGCUUUUGUUUGUUUCACAAUUGUUCCUUGUUACUGUUUAUUUCCAUUCAGCUUGCUAUGGAUGUAGGUACCUGUGCUUGUCCGUUGAGAAUUCCUUGCGUGCUCUUAAA